AUGAAGUGGCUCGGCCGACUGUUCACAUGGGUUUCGAUUCAAACGUGGUUUCUGUCUAUCACCGCUUUGCCAUAUACUCCAGACCAGGUCGCUUUCAAUCUCAACCAAAACCAAUCUGCUACCAAUCCACUCGACUACUGGGGACAGUGGGAAGAUCAUGAAUAUCAUCCGUCGCCGAAAAAUUGGCGUAUGCCUUUUUACACCAUCUUCCUCGAUAGGUUCGCCAAUGGCGAUCCAUCAAACGACAAUGCAAACGGAACGCAAUGGGAACAUGAUAUAUUGUCCAACCAGUUCAGGCAUGGAGGUGAUGUUCUUGGUUUAGUUGAUAGUUUUGACUAUCUACAAGGAAUGGGUAUAAAGGGAUUAUACCUAGCAGGUGUGCCACAUAUAAAUCAACCGUGGGCUGCCGAUGGCUACUCGCCGCUGGACCUCACUCUUCUAGAUCCCCACUUUGGAACUAUUGACGACUGGCGAACGAUGGUUUCCGAGGCACAUGCACGGGGAAUGUAUAUUAUCGUUGAAAAUACAAUGGCAACAAUGGGAGAUCUUAUAGGUUUCAAUGGAUUUCUGAACAUAUCCGCCCCACUCAAUGCACAUGAAUACGACUACCUUUGGAAAACAUCUCGUCGUUAUCAUGAUUUCCAGCCUGGAAACGAGUGGCUAGAGGAAUGUAAAUGGGACUAUCCUAGAUUCUGGGAUGAUUAUGGGCGCGGCUUGACUAAAACUUCCUUGAAUGCCGGUUGCAAGGAUAGUGAGUUUGAUCAGUACGGCGAAGUUGCCUCUUUCGGUGAUUAUACGGAAUGGGAACGGCAAGUCACCAAAUUCGCCUUCGUACAAGACCGACUUCGAGAAUGGAGACCGGAUGUUAGACAAAAGCUAGAGUUGUUCUCGUGCAUAACAAUAGCCAUGUUGGACGUGGAUGGUUUCCGUAUCGACAAAGCUAUCCAAGUAACACUCGAUGUACAAGGGGAUUGGUCAGACUCAAUUCGCCAAUGUGCGCAACGUUUCAACAAGAACAAUUUCUACAUACCAGGCGAGAUUGUAUCGGGGAAUUCUUUUGGGGCUAUCUAUGUCGGUCGCGGUCAACAGACGAACCAGACAUAUGACAACAUGACAGAGGCCUUGACAAUGACCAACUCGUCUGUGCCUGAUCUACAUAUUAGAUCAGCAGAAAAGGCAGCUCUGGAUGCUGCAGCUUUUCAAUACUCAUUGUAUAGAUCACUUACACGGUUUCUUGGAAUGGAUGGUACCUUUGAAGCUGAAGGAGAUCCACCUACGAAUUUUGUAGAUCUGUGGGAUGGCCUGAUCCAGACAAAUGACAUGGUCAACACAAAUACAGGAAAAUUCGAUCCCCGCCAUCUUUAUGGCACGUCAAAUCAGGACGUUUUUCGUUGGCCGUCCAUCAGGAACGGGACCGAGAAGCAAGUCCUUGGGCUCUAUGUCGUAUCAUUGUUGAUCCCCGGGUCACCAAUUGUUUACUGGGGAGAAGAACAGGCAUUUUACAUCUUGGACAAUUCGAAUGCAAAUUAUGUCUUCGGUCGUUCCCCCAUGACCUCUUCCCUAGCGUGGCAGUUGCACGGCUGUUAUAAAGUUGGCUCUGUCAGAUAUGAUAAUUUUCCAAUUGACAGCGGUUUAAAUGGUUGCAUGGAUGAUAAUGUCAGCCUCGACCACCGAGAUCCAUCUCACCCAGUUCGCGGCGUGGUUAAAUUAAUGUUCGAGAUGCGUCGAAACUACCCUGUUCUCAACGACGGAUAUUACUUGCAGCAGCUUUCAAACAUGACAUACGACAUAUAUUUACCGGGAAGCAAUGGAACCAGAACAGAGACAGGACUCUGGAGUGUUUUGCGUUCUCGAUUUGAACUAACUCAAGAUUUGACGGGAUCAGGACAAGGCAAUCAAAGCGUUUGGUUUGUGUACCAAAAUGACAAUCACACAGUGAAUUAUCAAUUCAACUGCUCUGAUGACCAACGGGCAUUAGUGUCUCCAUUUGAUGAAGGCACUAUUGUUAAAAACCUUUUCCCGCCAUUUGAAGAGUAUAGUUUGCAACCGAGCAUCCACAAGUUAGGGCUCGAAGAUUCGAAAAAGUCUAACGGAUGUUUGAAUAAUCUAACCCUUUCGCCAUGGGGAUUCAAGGCAUUUGUUCCAAAACACGCAUUCACUGAACCCUCUCCAUUCAUCACCAAGUUCGAGCCAGGUCAUGACGCCCGUCUUCUUUCAACGGUGACGACAGGAGAGACAAUACCUAUCACCUUUCAAUUUUCAGAGGAUAUGGACUGUGAUAGUAUUACUAAUGGAAUAUCGGUUUCCUCAACUGCCUUGAAUGGCCAACAAGCACAAUUUAACAUUAACUCUGUCUCCUGCCAUUCCAUUCCAGAAGACCAGUCGGUGCCUUGGCAAGGUGCUUAUACCAGUGCUUAUAAUUAUUCUAUCGAUUUGACAAAUGUUUUUCAUGGUAUUCAUGAAGUACUUGUGAAGAACGUGACGAGUCAAGGGAAGAAUAGAGUCACAGGUUCUGUGGAUCAUUUUAUUCUUCGGAUAGGCUCAACAGACAACCCAAUGGUGUGGCCUAGUCAUGCAAACUACAGUAGGGAUCUCUUGUACGCUGAUUCUUCUGGUAAUGGAACUCUGUGGGUAUCUCACAAAGCGUCUGGUGCCGAUAAAUGGCGCUAUACUUUGGACUUUGGUGCAUCAUAUAGCCCAUGGAUUCCUUAUAUGGGUCUUAACACCUCUAUUCCCCCGAGAAACUGGUCCGGAACCAAACUACAGGCUUGGGAUGGAGAGCAUAUCAUGGUCCAGUACUGGAACAAAAUUACCGGGAGCAGCAAUCACUACCAACAUGGAGAUCUUGAGUGGGAUGACAAACCACCACGAAGAUUUCCCAACUUAUGGGUUCAAGGUGAACUCAAUCAAUUUGGUUAUGAUUCAGGGUAUCGUAGUCAAAUGCACCUUAGCAACCUGAGUGGGCAGUGGGAAUACAACUUGAUGACCGAAUGGCCGUCCCAAGUAGCCCUAAAUGCCUGGGGCGUGAAUUCUGACGGAGCACCUGACAUCACUCAACUUUAUGGUGACAUAGAUGGCGAUAUGGUCCUCGACCGCAUACCACCAAUCUCGCUACUCAGGAACUUCAUUAACGUCACUGAUCCCCCUCCUUGGCCAUACCUAUCAUGGAAAAUAUCUCUGGACGACGGAAAUCUCCGAUAUUGGACUACUCCUCAAGGCUCACAAAAGGUUCAACUAGGUUUAUAUAUUUGUUUUGCAAUUCUUCCCCUUCUUUCAGGGGCGGCAGCAGUGUGGAUUUACCUCAAAGCAUUUUACCAGGUCAAAUUCAAUGAUGUCGGUGUUGCACGUGAGAAAAAUCAUCGGGAAUCUAUUUACUUGAGAAGAAGCACUACGGCAAAUCAAUCUCAGGUGAGCGCAGACGUGAGUCCAAAUUAUAUAGACAAAAUUACGCAGCUAUUUCACCGAUCAUCUACCAUCGCUGCUUCUGUGCAUCGACAAGCUCUUAAUGCCGACGCUGGGGACUCGCGGCGGACAGUUCUCAUUGCUACCAUGGAAUACGACAUCGAGGACUGGGAUAUUAAAAUAAAAAUCGGCGGACUUGGAGUUAUGGCUCGCCUCAUGAGCAGAAAUCUUGGCCAUCAGAACUUGAUAUGGGUAGUGCCCUGUGUUGGUGGGAUUGAUUAUCCUGUCGACCAAGUCGCAGAUCCUAUGAACAUUACAGUCAUGGAGAAGACUUUCCAGGUCCACGUACAAUAUCAUUGUGUGCGCAAUAUCACUUAUGUUCUCCUAGAUGCCCCAGUUUUCAGAGCUCAGUCAAAAUCCGAGCCUUAUCCCCCUCGCAUGGAUGAUCUAGACUCUGCCAUUUACUAUUCUGCGUGGAACUCUUGCAUUGCAGAAACUUUGAAAAGAUUUCCCGUGGAUCUUUAUCACAUUAACGAUUACCAUGGUGCAGCUGCACAGCUCCAUCUACUCCCGAAAACGAUUCCUUGUUGUCUGUCUCUUCACAACGCCGAAUUUCAAGGGCUUUGGCCAAUGCGAACAGAAAGAGAAUGCCAAGAAGUGAGCCAAAUAUUUAACUUGAAGCUUUCUGUCAUCAAACAAUACGUUCAGUUUGGCGAUGUUUUCAAUUUGCUGCAUGCCGGGGCAUCAUAUUUACACAUUCAUCAAAGCGGCUUCGGGGCUGUCGGUGUGUCAAAAAAAUAUGGGAAAAGAUCAUGGGCGAGAUAUCCGAUUUUCUGGGGUCUCAAGGAGGUAGGGUCUUUGCCUAACCCCGAUCCUUCUGAUACCGCUGAGUGGAAACGAGAUGAACAAAUCGAGCAAGCUCUUGUCGACCCCGUUUUUGAAGCAGCUCGUGCGGAUUUAAAACAUCAAGCUCAGGCAUGGGCAGGCCUUGAGCAAAUACCCGAUGCAGAGUUACUUGUUUUUGUUGGGAGAUGGUCAAUGCAAAAGGGAGUUGACUUGAUCGCUGAUGUCUUCCCUUUCAUCUUGGAAACGUAUCCCAAGACACAGCUCAUAUGUAUCGGACCCGUCAUUGAUUUGUAUGGUCGAUUUGCAGCUAUCAAGCUCAACAGGUUGAUGGAAAUGUAUCCAAAGAGGGUGUUUUCAAAGCCAGAGUUCACUAUCUUGCCAUCAUACCUCUUCAGUGGUACUGAUUUUGCCUUGAUACCUUCACGCGAUGAACCUUUCGGGCUUGUGGCUGUUGAGUUUGGAAGAAAGGGAGCUCUAGGAGUUGGUUCGCGGGUCGGUGGUCUAGGGCAGAUGCCUGGUUGGUGGUACACCAUUGAAUCUAUGACAUCAAAACACCUAAUUCAUCAAUUCAAACAAGCCAUUCAGGAGGCACUCAAUUCAAAACCGUCUGUUCGAGCUAUCAUGCGCGCUCGAUCAGGAAAGCAGCGGUUUCCUGUGGCACAAUGGGUUGAAGAACUUGAAGUAUUGCAAUCAUCGGCAAUCACAAAGCAUAAGGUACACGCAAAGCUUGGUCAUCAGCGAAACUGGUUACUUCAAACGAGCAUCUUCGUAGAUCGAAUCUUUGGCAAGCAACGAGUAACCGAGGCAUCACUUCGCAAUAGCGAAUCAGGGGAGUCUUCAAGUGAAUUAGGCACUUCCAUAGAGCCCGGUACCAAUAGACCAGGCCUUUAUCGAAGGAGUGUCUCACAAAUGCUCAGUUGGCUAGGUAGUAACCUUCAGGAAAUGCUCGAUGAGGGAGACGGAUCCCGUUCUACAGAACGGAAUUCGCAGUCCAGCAGCAGAACAGCGUCUAAUUCGCCUCAAGACAUCCAAACCGAAGCACGUGCGAAUGGCGAAUCAUUGGAGCAAGCGCCUACUUCCCGGAGGACAAUUGCAUUAUCCACUCAAGAUGACUCAACAUCUGGUUCUGAAGCGAAUUCGCACAGUCCCUCGGGAGUAAAUACGCCCAUUCCUGCAGCAUCUGAAGAUACAAUAAGCCAAUCAACAACAACAUGUGACCCACAUGACAAUUCGUCACGCCAAACCUUGCUGAGCGUUGACAAUGUCAUUCUCGAGAAGACAACUUUCAAUCUGCAGAGUGUGAAUCCGUUCUUUACGGAUUCGACAAAGGUAUAUGCCAAGAAGUUUGAACGAAGAUUAUCUCAUCUUGACGGGAGAAACUCCCAAGAUCAGUUAUGUAUCGAAGAAUACCUUUCCAAAAGCGAGAAGGACUGGUUUAAUCGGUAUCGUGACGUCAAACUUGGUCGCAACAGUUCUUUCCAUGGCACUCCUACUUCAUCAAUCUUCAAAGUCAAGGUUAAUACUUCUUCUACUGAGAGUGACAGCCCUUCUCCAACGGCUCCGGGGGUUUCAGGGGACGAGAAAAAUCUUGAUGAUUUUGAACUUCCGAAAGACUAUGUUCCACCUUCUGGCCUAAGAAAGCUUUUGCUAUAUCGUCUUGGUGACUGGCCUCUAUACUCAGUAUUUCUUGCUUUUGGUCAAAUUAUUGCCGCAAACUCGUACCAAGUUACACUGCUCAAUGGCGAGGUUGGCGAAUCCGCUGAGAAAUUAUACGUUAUCGCUAGUGUCUAUCUCGUUUCGUCACUUGUGUGGUGGAUGCUGUUCCGUUGGUUUAAAUCAAUAUACGUCCUGUCUAUCCCAUUCCUGUUAUAUGGAACAGCAUUUGUCUUUAUAGGCUUCUCUCCCCUUGCAAAUAACUCACUGGGACGUUGGUGGAUGCAAAAUGUGGCAACUGGGCUAUAUGCUGCUGCAUCUUCCAGCGGAUCGAUCUUUUUCGCUCUUAACUUUGGAGAUGAAGGCAGUGCCCCUGUCCAGUCAUGGGUAUAUCGAGCUUGUGUCAUCCAGGGCACUCAGCAGAUCUAUGUUACGUUCCUGUGGUGCUGGGGCAGCAAACUCGCUGCUGAUUCCCAGGCAGGGUCUACUCAAGUCGGCUUGGCAGAUUCCAACCCCAGGCUGUUGAUUGGUAUUGGAUUAGGAAUUGCUGCCCUCCUGUGGAUGAUCGGUACGGCCAUAUAUCUCGGGCUGCCAGACUAUUACAGACAAGCCCCUGGCAAGGUGCCGUCGUUCUAUAAAUCGCUCUCUCGGCGCAAAAUAAUACUGUGGUUUUUUUAUGCGGUCUUUAUUCAAAACUAUUGGUUGUCCGCUCCAUACGGCCGAAACUGGCUGUAUCUCUGGUCCAGCAAACAUGCGCAUGGGUGGGAGAUCAUUCUCCUUGUCGUGUUUUUCUUCAUCGGUGUUUGGGCUGUUGUACUUUGGGUCUUUAGCAUCUUGUCCAAGAGACACGUUUGGUUUGUGCCCAUCUUCGCGAUAGGGCUCGGCGCGCCCAGAUGGUGUCAGUUGCUUUGGUCCACGUCUAAUAUCGGGUCGUAUGUUCCUUGGGCCGGCAGCCCUCUAGCUAGCGCGCUUCUUGGACGAGGCCUUUGGCUAUGGCUAGGUGUAUUGGACUCUUUGCAAGGCGUUGGUAAGUCAAGUCAACUGUUCUCACGGACGGAAGAAAAAAAGAAAACUGACAUCUUGGCCUUAGGUUUCGGAAUGAUUCUCCUCAAUACCCUCACUCGCUUCCAUAUUGCAUUUACUCUAAUCGCAGCACAAGUCAUUGGCUCCCUAGGGACAAUCUUAGCCCGAGCCACCGCUCCAGACAAGCUCGGCCCUGGCGAUGUGUUUCCCGAUUUCUCUGCGGGGAUCCAUGCCGCCGUCUCAAAAGCGGACUUUUGGGUCUGCCUUUUGUUCAUACUGUCUGUAAAUAUCCUGUGUUUUGUGUUUUUCCGAAAGGAGCAGUUGCAGAAACCAUGA